AUGGAGACACCUGUCCACUCGGUUCCAGCGAAGACCUCUGGGAGUGUCAUUCGCUUGACUACAAUUGUCCCUGAUACUACAGUAGAAUCCGAAGCUGCUCAACAUGUCCAGGAACCGGAGGAUGAACAGGUUGAAGACCGCAGCAGAAAGGAGGCUUUGUGGAGAGAUUUGGGGGAGACCCAAAUUAAUAUGAUCGCAUUUUCUGGCACGACUGGAAAUGGAUUGUUUCUUGGGAGCGGUGCAGCACUUGCUGUGGCCGGCCCCUUUGGCGGAGUGCUGGCUUACCUUCUCGUCGGCACUGUGAUUUCUUCUGUUGUGUCUUGCUUGGGCGAAAUGACUGCCCUGAUGCCAGUUAACGCUCCCGUCGUGGAGUUUCCCCGGCGUUUCCUCGAUCGAGGCGUUGGUUUUGCAGUGGGCUGGAUGUACUGGUUCACUUUUGUUGUUGUCGCCGCCCAAAAUUUGGUUAUAGCAGCCAGGACGGCAAAAUUGCACUACGAUGACGACAAGACGUUUUUGGCGUGGGGACGCGGAGAAAACGUUGAUGCCCAUAUUUGGUUUGCUCUCUUCAUGUUUACUGUCCUAAUAAUUAACCUAUUCCCUGUCAAAUAUUUGGGCAUGUUUGACUACGCCAUGGGAACCAUGAAGCUGGUAUUUAUCGUGUUCUUGAUUGUUAUGUCGAUUGUUCUCGAUACUAUACCACCUCGUGCAAACUCAUACCAUGAUGGGCCAGUUGGGACCAAGUAUUGGAACUUACCGUAUGAAUCCAUCAAAUCUGUUUAUCAGGUCUGGAGUCGUAGCGGGAGUGUUCAACGGGAAAUCGGCGGCUCAGCAGGAAAGCUACUUGGGAUGUGGUCGGCUUGCAUCAACGUGAUGUACGACUAUGCGGGCUUGGAGAUCUUCGCCGCACCCGCCGCGGAGAGCAAAUCUCUCGCUGAUUCGGAGAGUAUGAAAAUAGCCGCACGGAAGAUAUACAUCCGGGUUAUGGUCCUGUAUACGCUUGCAUUUCUCACUGGGUCAUUUCUUGUCCCAUCAGACCAUCCUUUCAUCAACGGCCAUGCACAGUCGACUAGCUCUCGUUCCAUAUUCUUGAUAGCCGUCGUGGAAGCGGGGAUACCUACUUUGGCUCAUUUUUAUAACGUUAUAUUCCUCAUUACCACGUUGAUCUGCGCGAUUAAUUCUGUUUACGUUGCCUCGAGGGCUUUACAUACCCUUGCGCUCAGGGAGCAGACAGGUCCGAAUUUCAUUACUCGCCGGUUGCAAAGAUGCAAUUCCGGGGUUCCCAUGAGGACUGUGGUUGUGACAGUUAUCAUGAUGUUUUUAGGCUUUAUGAGCCAUAAUGAUUCAGAAAAGGGCCCGAGACCGGACGGGCUAGCUUCGAACGCAACGGUAUCGUUUCUAGUCAUUUAUAUUAUCAUUUGCGCAACAUACCUCUGUUUCUACAAGGCACUUAAAGAAGCCCGAGCAUCUGGAAAUCCCUCCGAAUGCUACGCCACAUUUUACGACCGCAAUAAUCCUCGCUAUCCUUACAAAUCCCACGCACAAUGGUUUAAAGCCCUCUGGGGCAUGACGGCCUGCACGAUUCUGUGCAUCUUCAGUGGAGCAACAACUUUCCUCAGAACGCCAUUCGACACUCAUGGAUUCAUCGUUUCAUAUAUUAGUAUUCCUGUAUUCCUUGUUCUCCUUAUCGGCUACAAAAUUCGCCAUCACGGUCUACGAAUUUCACGCUGGGGCCCUGAGCGAUCCUGUGACCUGCGGAAUUGUGUACAGACGACGAGCGAAAAGCGGAAAGGCGUCCUCGAGUUUCCCGAUCAUGGAUAUACGUGGAACAACGCGAGAUCGUUCUUUGGGUGGGUCUGGGUUUGGAUGAAAUAG